AUGAAUACAGAGAAAUCAGCAACAGUAAAAAUCAACGUCGAAAGAACAAUAGAAAACUACAAGCAAAACGCCAUUUGUGAAGAGGACAAAGUAUUAGCUCCUGUGCCAACGAUCAACUGGCCGAGCUUCCUUUCCAAAAUAUUCAUUGGAAGCACACACUUGGAAUUCCAGAAGGAAGCCGAAGAAAACUGGAAAAACAAGAUCCAAGUCCUUUCUAGAAUCUUAGAGAUGAACACGAUAUGCUUUAUAAUGCAAAGCAAGGAGAAGUGCGCGAUUCAUUUCAGAAAUGCCGUUUUAGGGAGUGUCAUGGAUGAUGAACUCACCGGGAAAGAGGCACUGGAGAAGUGUGCGAAAACAAGUGAAUUCAUCCAAAGAAACUUGACAGAAGACAAAAUAGACGAAGAGCCUACAGUAAAGGCCUUUAUAGAAGCAGAAACUGCAAAGAUGAUUCAUGUCAUAGAGUACAUCAGCAAAUUCAGCGAGUCAGAUGCGAAAAACUACAUAGAGCAUCUUAUUAACAUCACAACCAGGCGCUUUAACUUGCUAGCUCUAAGAGAUAAACACUACGGGAUAUGCCCCCUGGAUAGAUUCUGCAGUAGAUACGAACAGAAAAACUCAAUCUCAAGCUCUGACGACAUAUACUCGCUGGAAGAGUUGUACACUCUUGAGAAAGACGGGAAACUUCUUCUGGAUGAGGCACUUGAAGAAACAUUCAGCAUAAUAUGCAGAGAUUUUAGUUCUGAGAAUUUCUUCCGAACUGUUAAAGAGAUGGAAGCUAUGGACAUAAGCCCAGAGACGAUGAAGAGAAUCAGAAGCAUUAACUACCACAACAGAGACAUCGUUUGCGAGCAAGAAUUUGUCUACCAGAUGCUUUACAUGGAAAGAAGUCGAGCUGACCUCGAAAGAAAUGCCAACUUACUAGACGACAUUCUCGAUGUAAAGAAGUCUAAUCCCAUUGGAGCAGAUAUCUUUAGAAAGUCUGUGGAUUCGAUGCUUAUUUCCUUAGUCAUCAUAGCCGAUGAUAAAGAAGAGGUGAAGGAAAAACUCAACAAUAAGAGAAUAGAAAUUGAGAGAAACCUAGACCGAACACAGAAUAUGCUGAACCUUAAGCCAUACGGCACAGAGGAAGCCAAUGAAAUGUAUACGCGGAUUGAAUCAUGCCAAUCGACAAUUGCCUCAAUAGACGAGGCUUUAAACCUUUUCAACGACUACAGCGGGCUGGAUCUAGUUCAAAAGGAGGCUAUAUGGGCGAAGAUAGAGAGCUAUUCGAGACAUCUCCAGGUUAAGAUUAAAGAUUUUGAUUUUCUCAGGAGCUGCAUGAUAUACUACGAGGAGAACGGUGGUUGUUUUUCUUGGGAUAUAUCAUCAGAUGAUGACGAAGUGGAAAACGACGUGAAAGACACUGUGAAAGACGACGUGGAAGACGACGUGGAAUCUAAUCGGCCUUUUGACCAGAGUGCUAGCCACUUAAACAACAAUGCAGCUCCUGUUAAUAUUCAACAGGAAACUAUUCCAGUGACCGUUGAAACAGUUCCUGUUAAUCCAGAGGAAAUAGAUCACCAAAAUUCCAAAAUUGAGAAUUUGUUGCAAGUUCUGCUGUGCCUUUUCUUGUCGCUAUUCAUAGUCUCUUCUUCUAUGGCUAUAUACGAAGAAAUACAAAGUCAAGCAUAA